AUGGAUCUGGCAACGGGCGCCAUGGGCUCCCUGCUCCCCAAGCUGGUCGAGCUCCUCAAGGAUGAGUACAAGCUUAAGGAGAGCGUCAAGGAAGGCGUCAAGUCUCUUGAGAAAGAGAUGAAGAGCAUGCAAGCUGCCCUCCGCAAGGUGGCCGAGGUGCCGCAUGACCAGCUCGAGGAGCAGGUCAAGCUAUGGGCGGGCGAGGUGAGGGAGCUGUCCUUUGACAUGGAGGAUACCAUCGAUAAAUUCCUUGUGCGUGUUGAUGAGGAAUCUGAGUCUUCAACCAAGUCGAAUAAGCUCAAACAACUGAUGAAGAAGAUGGCCGGCCUGUUCACCAAGGGGAAGGCUCGCCAUGAGAUUGCGGAUGCGAUCAAGGACAUCAAUAAGCAAGUCCAAGAGGUCGCUGAUAGGCGUGCAAGGUACAAUGUCGACAAUAUUGUCGCUCGGCCUGAAGUCGUGACACUUGAUCCCCGCCUUCGAGCUCUGUACAUGGAAGUGACGGACCUUGUUGGCAUUUCUGGAAAAAGGGACCAAGAGCUGAUGAAUUUGUUGUCCGGGGGAGACGACAUGUCCAAGACAACGUUGAAAAUUGUCUCCGUUGUUGGAUUUGGAGGAUUGGGCAAGACCACUCUUGUCAAAACGGUUUAUGACAAGAUCAAAGAAGAUUUCCAUUGCAGGGCUUUUGUUUCUGUCGGUAGGAAUGGCACCGCAAAAAAGGUUUUAGUGGACAUCCUUCUUGCUCUUAAAAUCUAUGAAAGUCAUUUCACCAUAUUUAAUGAAACACAACUCAUUGAUGAGGUCCGGGAACGUCUCAAAAACAAGAGGUACCUCAUUGUAAUUGAUGAUAUAUGGGAUGAAAAAUUGUGGACAGUUAUCAAUUGGGCAUUCUCUAAGGGUAACAAUUUUGGUAGUCGGCUAAUCACAACUACUCGUAUAGUCAGUGUAUCUAAAUUAUGUUGCUCGUCUGCUAAUGAUGAAGUUUAUCAAAUGGAACCUCUUAGUGAUGAUGAUUCCAAAAUGCUCUUCCAUAAACGGAUAUUUUCUCAAGAGAGUGGAUGUCCUCGUGAAUUUGAAGAAGUGUCUAGAGAUAUAUUGAAGAAAUGUGGUGGUGUGCCAUUAGCCAUCAUUACGAUAGCUAGUAUUUUGGCUAGUGACAAGAAAAUAAAUUCACUGGAUGAGUGGAAGGUUUUGCUAGAGUCUAUUGGUCGUGGACUUACCAAAGACCACAGUGUAGAGGAGAUGUUGAGAAUACUAUCAUUUAGCUAUUAUGACCUACCUUCCCAUCUGAGAACAUGCUUACUAUAUCUAAGCAUGUUUCCGGAAGAUCAUAAGAUCAUGAAAGCUCAGUUGAUAUGGAUGUGGAUUGCCGAAAGGUUUAUCCAAUGUGAAGAUGCACAAAGUAGUCUAUAUGAGAUCGGAGAAAAUUACUUCAAUGAGCUUGUGAAUAGAAGUCUGAUACAGCCGGUAUACAGUAGUGAUGAUGGCCUUGCAAAUGCUUGCCGUGUACAUGAUAGUGUGCUUGAUCUAAUUUGUUCCUUGUCAGUGGAAGAGAAAUUUGUUACUAUAGUGAAUGGUAGUUGUGAUACCAUGUCUUGUCAGGGCAUCAUCCGUAGGUUGUCCAUCCAAAAUGUUAGAAAAGAAGAAGAUCAAACCAGGCCUCUUAGACCUGAGAGUAUAGCACAAGUGAGGUCUAUUGCUACAUUUGCAUCACCUGCAAUGGAUCUACUGCCGUCUUUGUCUAACUUUGCUGUUUUGCGUGUAUUACAUUUGGAUGGAUAUAUUGGUUCUCUAGGGUACCAUCUUAACCCUGGAGAAUUGGGGAGUUUACUUCACUUGAGGUACCUACAUCUAUGUGGAACAGGAUUUGACAAGUUGUUGGGAGAGAUUGGAAAGUUGCAGUUUUUGCAGGUGUUGGAUUUGCCUGAACAUACAAGGCUGCCAUCGACUGUGAUUAAGCUCACAAGGUUGAUGUACCUACGUAUUGGUAGGGGAUCAUGGAACUAUGAUCCUCCAGAUGGGAUUGGAAACCUGACAUCACUGGAAGUGCUGGGCAGGAUCAGUGUUUCCUCGGUAAGCAUUGUAAAAGAGCUAGGCAACAUGGUCAAACUGAGGGAACUUAAAAUUUUGUUUGAUGAUUUGUGGCUGGACUUGGAGGAAGCUUUUGUGGAGUCACUAGGGAAAAUGCCAAAGAUCCAGCGGGUAGAAAUUGUUGCCGGUGAUGAAGAUUCUUCAACUCCUUCAAUGAAUCUUUUGGGGGAACGUUGGGUGCCCCCGGGAUGUCUGCAGGAGUUUGCCAUGUUUGACGAUGCACUAUUCGAUACGCUUCCAACAUGGAUAAGGAGGAAUCCCUCGCAUCUGUCGCAGCUCUUCAAGUUAGACAUCAGUCUCUAUGAAGUGCGACAGGAGGAUCUGGACAACCUUGGAAGGUUACCUGCUCUGGGUGUUCUCGAGUUAAGCUGCUCCUACGCACGAAAACGCAUGCUGCACAUUGGUGGCGAUGGUUUCCGUUGUUUAACAUCAUUCUACUUAUAUUUUGGUGUGGAUGGAAAUAUCGUGUUCCAGCCAGGAGCUAUGCCCAAGGCUGAACAUGUUGAUGUCACUGCACAUUGGGCGGUUGUAAAAGAGGAAGCAUCCGGCAACAACGGUGCUGAUUGGUUUGACCCAGGCAUAGGCAUGGGGAACCUGCCGUCCCUUCGGAAGGUUAAAGUCAGAGUCGACUCUCAUAAAAUGACGGUCGGGGAGGCCAAGCAAGCCAAGGCAGCGCUGGAGAACGCACUCCGUGCCCAUCCUAACCUUCCCCUGUUUUGCGUCGAGUUCAGGUGGUCCAUAAAAGAAGGCGCUCAUGAUGACGACCUCUGCUAG